GGAAGUCCUCGCUGCUGUUAGGGGUGCUUGUAGCCUGAAUACACACACACACACGGUUGUUCGCACAAAACAGGCUAAGAAACAACACACCCAAACAUCAUAUUCCAGGACGUACACCGCUGUUCUCUAGAAAAGGCCGAAGGAGACCGACAUAAGGUGGGCUCUACCUGUUUGCCCUGGUAACGUGUUGCCAUGCCCUUCCCUUUCGGUAAGUCUCACAAGUGUCCAGCGGACAUUGUGAAGAAUCUAAAAGACAACAUGACCAUUCUGGAGAAGCCGGACAUUUCAGACAAGAAGGCUGAGAAGGCCUCUGAAGAGGUGUCCAAAUCUCUGCUGGCCAUGAAGGAGAUUCUCUACGGCACGAAUGAGAAGGAGCCGCAGACAGAAGCUGUGGCUCAGCUCGCUCAGGAGCUCUACAACAGCGGCCUGCUCAGCACUCUCGUCGCAGAUCUGCAGCUCAUCGACUUUGAGGGCAAGAAAGAUGUGGCACAGAUUUUUAAUAAUAUUCUGAGACGUCAGAUCGGCACACGGACACCUACAGUCGAAUACCUGUGCACUCAACAAAAUAUACUCUUCAUGCUGCUUAAAGGUUACGAGUCUCCAGACAUCGCUCUGAACUGUGGGAUCAUGCUGAGGGAAUGCAUACGGCACGAGCCGCUGGCCAAGAUCACCCUCUGCUCCGAGCAGUUCUACGAUUUCUUCAGAUACGUUGAGAUGUCCACCUUCGACAUCGCCUCGGAUGCAUUUGCCACUUUUAAAGAUCUGCUGACGAGACACAAACUGCUCAGCGCUGAGUUUCUGGAGCAGCACUAUGACAGAUUCUUUAGUGAAUAUGAGAAACUUCUUCACUCAGAAAACUAUGUGACUAAGAGGCAGUCGCUGAAGCUUUUGGGAGAGCUGCUUUUGGACAGGCACAACUUCACUAUAAUGACGAAGUACAUAAGCAAACCAGAGAACCUCAAACUCAUGAUGAACCUACUGAGAGACAAGAGCCGCAACAUCCAGUUUGAGGCCUUUCACGUAUUUAAGGUGUUUGUGGCCAAUCCGAACAAGACCCAGCCAAUCCUCGACAUCCUGCUGAAGAACCAGACCAAACUCAUCGAGUUCCUCGGCAAGUUCCAGAACGACCGCACCGAGGACGAGCAGUUCAGCGACGAGAAGACCUAUCUCAUCAAACAGAUCCGAGACCUCAAGAAGCCAACCCCGCAGGACGCUUGAGAAGGCUCACGAUUGUAUACGAAUGCAUGGAGGACGUCUAGACAGUGUUUUAGGCAGCGUCUAGACGACGUUUGGCUCUCUGGGACGUUGAGUGGCCGCAGCGCUGGGCAUGUUUUUGUCUUUUGCAGGAACUGUUAAAUGCCGUUUGAGCUCGGUGGGCGAGAAAUAUGAAGACAGGGAUGAAAAGUAGUCUUGCUUCGCUGGACAUUCAACCUCUCCCCUACAAUGUUUUGUUCUCAUGUUUCAAAAAACGAGCGAAAUGAACCGAAAACAUGGAUGUAGAUGCUGCUGCUUUAUUGCACAUAAAGAAUGAGGGUUUUGUACCUCAUACACAAACAUACACUCAAAUGUCUGUUGAUGCUUAUUGGAUAUUAAUGAAUUGCAGGAAAUUUGACAUGCAAAAAGCACUUAAACACACUCCUGUCAGCUCUUUUGCUCAUUGUCGACUAGGGGAAAAACUGCAAAUGUGACGCAUAAAUCAUGCUUUGCACAUUUUGCUUAUCCUGGGUGAGUGAACGUGUACAUAGGCUUUUUCAUCUUUAAAGUUUCUACCAGUGUUGACUGAGGAUUUGUUAGAGUUGUGGCUGUGAUGUUGACCCUGAUUUAACUCCAUUCUUCUCUCAUCAUUAGUCACUGCACAGAGUGGGUGUAGUGGAAUGUUAACUUGUCUGCUUUCUGUGAUUGUGCCCUUAACAUUCGUGCUCUGACUCAGUUUUUUCUUUGCUUCUAAUACUAGUUUCAGUAUAACUAACCCCUAUACUCAUACCUUUUAGUUAGUUUAUAAGUUCAAAUGUUCAUGGGUGAAAUCUCACAAAUAAACAUGUCUAGGUCACAUUUCACCCCAAAAUCAAAAGAAAAAACAAUAUAUUUUGGGACAUUCCUCUCACAAGUUCUCAUUACUUUACAGUAUCUGGUCUUUUAUUUUCUGAAUUCAUUUUCAUUAGUCUUUUUUUUUUUUUUAUUUUACUUUUUUUUUAUUUAAAUAAGUAAAAAGUCUGUACAGGUACUAAUAUAUUUUUAACAAAUAUAUACAACUAUUUAAAUAUAUGUCAAUUAUAUAAACAGUUUUACUGUAAUAUAUACUUGUAUACAGACUUUUGUAAAUUGUGCAUUACAGAAAUCGGGGCAAAAUUGUAAUCUUACAAAUCUUAAGUUAUAUAACCACACACAAACUAUACUUUCAUAUAUCUGUCUUUUGGAUUUGAGGUGAAAUAUGACCUGGUCAAGUUCUUUACUGGUUUUGUGUUACUUGACUAAAUUCACUAGCUUACAUACUGUAUCUCCUUCCUUUUAAAAGGUUUUUCAUUGGGGAAAAAAUAUUAGCAGCAGACUUAGCUGAAAUGGUUGGAUGUAGAGAAACUGCUCAUAUUAGCACCUGAUUGUAGCUGCUGAGAGAAAAUUGGAGAAGUCAUGUCCUUUAUGAAUGUUUUAUUUAGGUUUGUUUUAGCAACAGUGUAGUGGUUGAUGGUGGUUGUCAUGUAAUACUUCAAAUCAGUUGCAAGAAUGAAAAACCACACAUAACUGAGAGUGAUUUGGAGGGUUUGGUUGAUCAUUUUCAAGUUAUAGGUGGCAUUACUGCUUUUACUCACAAGACAGCCACAAUCAUCUACCAUAAAACUCUUCAUUUCUCCCCUAAGCACAAGCAGGUGUUAUUCUCAAUGGUAACUCUUACUCAUUCUCAAUGCAGAACUAAAACAUGUUCUGCCGAAUGUUUACAGUACUGGUCAGAAUAACAGGGGUUGACAUGUCUAUAACAGUAUUUUAUUUUAGUGAAACCUACAAUAAACUUUACGUAGCUUAAAGAUGUACAAUUUUCAUAUUUCAGUCUCAGCGUAUACUGUUUAUGUGGUGACGGGCAACUCACCAUUGGUUGGCACAUGUCAUCUUGUAUGCCUGACAUCAUAAUGGCCCCGAGCAUUAAGAAUUCUGAGAAUUAGCAAACUUAUCUGGCAUAUCAGUGCAUGUUUCUAUUUUGCAGCCUUAGAUUAAGCAUGGGCUGGAAACCUCUUGGCCUGCUGUCUGUUCAGUUAAACAGUCCAAUCAAACCAAUGUAGAUCUGGCCUGAGUGAUAAGACUUAGGCACAAAGACGGUGGAGUUUCAUCUGAAAUGUCAAUCAGUAGCCAGACUAACAGUUGGAAAUAAAGUUUGGAAUAAAAUAA